UGCCGCGUAUGCUACCAUCUCCGCCAACACUACCACCACAACCACCACCACCACCAACACCAUUACUUCCUCGACGCCUGAUCUUAAUAUCGUCCACGGUCACGAGGGCCCUUUUGUGCAGCCCUCAUCCUACCUUCGCCCGCGAGAUCUCUCACAUCCAAUGCGCCCAUCUGAGCCCGAGAGGGCAAUUGAUCGGGAAGAGCGUGAGGGUCUACGUGCCAUCCGUAACUUCCUCAAAGUCCGCACCAGCUACGAUGUUCUUCCGCUCAGUUUCCGGCUCAUCAUAUUCGAUACUUCGCUCUCUGUCAAGGAGAGUUUGAAUAUCCUGAUUCAAAAUGGCAUCGUAUCAGCUCCGUUAUGGGAUUCAAAGACCUCUACCUUUGCCGGUCUUCUGACCACUUCCGACUACAUCAACGUCAUACAGUAUUAUUUCCAGAAUCCCGCGGCACUGGACCAGAUUGACCAAUUUCGACUGGACAGUCUUCGAGAGGUGGAAAAGGCUCUCGGUGUUGCUCCGCCGGAAACCAUUUCGAUCGACCCAGAACGGCCGCUUUACGAGGCCUGUCGACGCAUGCUCGAAUCUCGCGCUCGCAGAAUCCCUCUCGUUACAAAUGAUAGCCAAACGGACCGGCCUCAUGUUCUCAGCGUGGUGACUCAGUACCGAAUACUCAAGUUCGUGGCGGUCAAUGUUAGUGACACACAAAAGUUAAAGAAGCCGCUCAAGGAAAUUCUGUUGGGCACCUAUGAUAAUAUCGCCACGGCGUCAAUGGAUACACCAGUAAUUGAUGUCAUCCACAUACUCGUGGAGCGGAGUAUAUCUAGCGUGCCCAUCCUGAACUCGGAAGGUGUUGUCUACAAUGUCUUUGAAGCGGUAGAUGUUAUCACACUGAUCAAGGGAGGCGUAUAUGAUGACCUCAGUCUCACGGUCGGCGAAGCCUUGAAGAAACGAAGUGCGGAAUUUCCCGGUAUUUACACAUGUUCUCUGAACGACGGUCUGGACACCAUUUUCGAUACUAUUCGCAAAUCUCGCGUGCACCGCCUGGUUGUGGUGGAUGGAGACUUCCGACUCAAGGGCGUUCUCACUCUGAGUGAUAUCUUACAAUAUAUUCUCCUCGAGGGCGAAAAUGACGAAUCAUCAUGAUAUGGAAGAGAUUUCCUGCGCAAAAGCGGUCCCGGAUAUAUCUAAAAAUUGCAUGGAAACGGCGUUGACUCACUUCUACAUCGGAUCGAUUUUGAGGCUUGCAACAUCAGGUUUGGCUGGUAACAAAUGGCUACGCCGCAUAUUCAUUGUUCCCUGUCAGCCAUUUUUCUUCCUUUCAUUGCUUUUAUUCUUGCCUUGUCCUUAUAUGAGGAUGCCACGAUGUAAAAACGCACGCACGAAAGGUAAUGGGAUGGUUGUCCUUGGCUCCAUCUGCGCUAUAUUCGAAGGCGCUUGGCUCGACAACAAUAGAUUUCAUUUUGAUGAUACGUCUCU